AUGUCCGGCAUCAAUAUCACAAACGAACGAGACUCUUACCAAGCCGUCUUCGCCCUCGAUGUCAUUACGGCAGCGGGCGCCUUAAUUCUCCUCGGUCUAGCAUCCAGACCCACAUUCAAGCGCAUCAAACAACGACGCUUUACCGCACCCGGCAAAGAUACCAGCGCGCGCGAUGGCCCACUCAAGACAACGUUAGGAACAUACCUCUUCCUCUGGCCGGCACUGCUCUGCCUCUUCGUCGCCUACGUCUGUCGCUUCACAUCCGACCUCCUCAAGACGAGUGGAACGAUCGACUAUGAUAACGAUUUAGGUUGGAACGGCCGGCGCGCCUAUACUCUUACAGGUAGCGACUAUGCCUCCAGCAUCUCAGCACUUACCUUCACAACAACACUUGCCACCAUCUUCUUCACUGUGCUACUCAACGGCGGAGUCUGGAUUCAUUCCAGUCAUGUCCAAGAAAACGGCACUGGUAUCUCGACGCCGAAGACCAUGUCACGUAUCUGGAACACCUUCAUUAUGCUGGCUAUGUUGGGUACUGGUCUUGCAGCUUGGGGUUUGGGUAUGGAGGCACGCAAUAUCAGCACUGGCAGCUCGGGCCCGGAUGCACUCUUGUCUUGGUCGAAUGUUAUGAAUCAUGACCGUGCGACGAGGAUCACGUAUAUCGUACACGAGGCUAUUGUCGUUGCGGCUAGUUUGAGUGUGUCGAUCGAAGUGUUGAGAGAGUACGGGACUACGAAUAAGAAUGCUCAUGGUUCACCCGAACGCAACGACCUCGCUCGUUUCGCUUUCGUCGUCGUACCCCUUAUUUGGCUCCGCGAUAUUUUCAUUGUCUACGAUAUCAUUCUACUUUACGUUGACACCUCAGGGUGGUCGGAGAAUGCUGUUUUGGCUACGACGUUUUUGCUUGUCAUCUGCAGGCAGUUUGCUAACUUGGCCAUUCUGGGGAUGGUACUAUGGGGCGCUUGGAGGAUGGGACGAAGUGUUAGCCUGUUUGGAGGAAGUUACGCGUGA